AUGGCUCCCAAGCAAAAGUCGCCCGUCUACGUCCUCGGCGUGGGCAUGACCAAGUUCAUCAAGCCCCGGGGCAAGGUCGACUACACCGAGCUGGGCUACGAGGCCGGCGUCAAGGCGCUGCUGGACGCGCACAUCAGCUACGACGACGUGGACCAGGGCAUCGCGUGCUACUGCUACGGCGACAGCACCUGCGGGCAGCGCGUCUUUUACCAGUUCGGGCUGACCAAGAUCCCCGUGUACAACGUCAACAACAACUGCUCGACGGGCUCGACGGGGCUGGCCAUGGGCCGCACGCUCAUCGCAAACGGCGCGGCCGACUGCGUCAUGGUGGUGGGCUUUGAGAAGAUGAACCCGGGCAGCCUGCAGAGCUUCUGGAAGGACCGCGAGAACCCGACGGGCACGACGGUCAAGAUGAUGGCCGAGACGAGAGGCGUCACGAACGCUCCGGGCGCGGCGCAGAUAGGACUUUGCGGAGAUUGCGCGUGUUAA